AUGAUUAAGUGGAAUGCAUACAAAGUUAGUAAUAUGAUUUUGAAAGUUGAUGGCAGUAGACUCGAUAAUCCUAGUGUCUCGGAUUUUGGUGCUUGGGUUUACGGUUUUGCGGGUAAUAUUGACUAUUCUAACAUCCUUCGUGCUGAAUUGAUAGCGAUAUAUCAUGGAUUGCGGAAGCCCAAGGAAUUUGGCAUUAAAAACCAUCUGGGGGUUUGGGUCUGUUUUAGACCCAUUCUUGAUGCUAAAGGAAAGAAACUCUGGGAGCUUGUUGUUUGUGAUAAAUCUCCUUCACUUCAGUAUACUAAGUAUUUUCCUAAUAAUGUUAUUAAUAGUAUAACAAAUAUAAUGUCGACAUAUUGUGUCUGUGCCACUUGUGACAGUGUUGGAUUGAUUACGUUUGUGGUUGCAAGGGCACAGAUGCAGACGAUUAUUACGAAAGCAUGUAAGGAGCUUGGUAUGAGAGCUCUUCCGAGUAAACGGGUGAGUUGUGUUGUGUUGUGGCUGAUCAAUUAUGAGGUCUGCAACUUCAAACACUGUCUUUUGCCAUUAGACAAUCCCUUUCCCACGAAACUUCCCGAAGAUCUUUUUGGUGAAAGAUGGGCGUUUGUUCAGUUACCUUACUCAGCUGUCCGCGAAGAGGCCUCGGCCUCAGAAGAAAGAUUUGGCUAUGGUUCCGGGCUAGAUCUUGAUUUAUUAGGCAUUGACAUUGACGAGAAGACGUUGAUCCCAGGACUCGCUGUCGCAUCUUCUCGUGCUAAAAUAUUAUCAGCUUUUAUGAAUGGAUUGGAGCUUUGUGCCAUUGAAGCAGACACUGCUCGCGCUAACCUGACACUUUCAGUUGCGAUUUCGACUCGCUAUGUAUACGCGACGUAUCAGAAAAGUCCUGCAUCGACUAAAGAAGCUGAAGCAUGGGAAGCAGCCAAGAAAGCUUCUGGAGGAUUGCAUUUCCUUGCAAUCCAAGAUGAGUUAGAUUCUGAAAAUUGUGUUGGCUUCUGGCUUUUGCUAGACUUGCCUCCUCCUCCUCCUGUAUAAUUAUUGCCACACAAUA